AUGGACGUUCAACAUAAUUCGAAUACACAGGAAUUUUGGUUAAACGAUAACCAACAAUCUGAAGAUAUGGAUGAACCACUUGAAGACCCCAUUUUUUCACUUCCUCGUGGUCAUGUACCUCAAGCUUAUCUUGAUUUAUCAAGCACAAACAUGGCUAGUAUGGAUGAACAUCUUCCGGAAGAUAAUAUAGGAUACCAAUUAUUAAUGAAAAUGGGUUGGAAAGCUGGUGAAGGAUUAGGGAGUUCACAACAAGGAAGAAAAGUUCCAAUUCGAAUUGAUACAAAAUCAGAUAGUUUAGGUGUCGGGAAACUUGAAGAAGAAAAUUAUUAUCAUGCGACAAGUACUGCUAAACGUAAAGCUUUAGAUAGUGAAAAAAUCGCAGAAGAAACGGAAGAGGAACGCAUAAAAAGACAGUCCAAAGUUCAAAAACUUGAAUCUAUAAAAAAAGAAUUAGAAACUAUUAAUGCGGCAUUUUAUUGUCCGUUAUGUGAUAAACAAUAUACCAAAAUUACCGAAUAUGAAACUCAUUUAAGUUCAUAUGAUCAUAAUCACCGAAAGCGAUUCAAGGAGAUGAAUAAGAGUAGUCGCCCUUCUUUAGAAUUGGAUAAAAAACGCAAAAGAGAACGAAAAAGAGAAGAAAAAGAAUUUGCAAGAAUUCAACAAGCCGCCCUUCAAAGAGCUGGUAAUAAACAAUUAGUUACAAAUACUGCAAAUGAAUCUAUCGUUAAUGAGGUAGAAAUGAGUUUAACUAAUGAAAUUAGUGGAGGAGGAAUUUCAAUUAAUAAUAGUGGAGGUUGGGCAUCAAUAAUUAAGGAUUCGAAUAAUGAUGCAGACAAAAAUAUGGAAGAAAACGAAGACGAUAUUAUAGGAAAUAAUUUAGUUAAUGAUCAAAAUGACAACAAUCAAAAUGGAUGGAAUUUUGUACGUGCAACUACAACCAGCAAUACUAGAUGGUCCACAACAAACAUAUUUCAAUCUACUCAAUUAACUAAACCACGGGAUUCUUUGGUGGCAAUACCUAUAGAGAAUAAAAGUAAUGAUAUGGAAGUAGAAGAAAAUAAAUUAUCAACGAAAUCAAAAUUAGCAUUUGGUAUAAACAAAUCAAAAGGAGAUCAAUCAGAGUUAGAUAUCAUGACUUGUGCAACUUGUGAAAUGAUAGAUCGAACAACACCGGAGGGCAUCGAGGCCUGGCUAACUCAAGCGUCGACGAACCCAUGGACGCUUCCAGCAGUUGUAGGCCCCGAGUUGUCAAAAGAAAUACUUCAACACAUAUAUGGUCACUGGGGAACUUACACUAAUAAUAUAAAACUUGGUGUGUUAUUUGCAAUUCUUUGCAUUAGGAGGCUUUUGGUUGGGGGUUUGAAAGCUGAGAUCACUGCGAUCGUAACAAACGGAACACAUGAUAAAGACGAAUGGGUUCGCUUAAUUUCUAGAAUGCUACAAGAAUAUCCAAAUUCUUUAACUAUUGAUUUAAACAUCGAACAGUAUAUACCAGAAAAAGCAAAAAUAGGUUUGCAAGAUUUAGCCUUCAGAAUAAGAAAAAGUGGAAUAAAAUUUUAUCCAGUAGAAUAUGCAUUCACCGAUCGCGAAAUAUGUGAAUCCUUCAGCACAGUUGCUUCUUCAAUCAAUGCUCCGACAUUACAUUUUAACUUGCGAUCUGAAAAUUCAAGUAAUCAUGACCGACAAUUAAAAUUAAAUAACUUACAGUUGUUACCGUCACCAAGUUUAACCUCACCAACAAGUAGCAACGGAUUUAAUUUGGAUUCACAACUAAAUCGUGGUCAGUCACAAGGUCCUUCUGCCCGUUCCAAUUCAACUCCAUCAUUAUUCAUACCUAAGAGAAGACCAUCACAACUUAGUUUGCCAAUCCCCAGACCUUCAAUUCCUCCUCUUCAAAGACCUGGAUCAAUUAACACUGGAUCUUCAACCACUAGUCCAGCCUUAAAAUCUCCAGAAAUUAAGAUUUCCCAAAGAAAAAAAUAUCAAAAACCAACGCGAAUUCAAAUGAUUGAUAUAUCGACUGGGACGUCGAUUAUCAAAAAUCAGGAAGAGAGUAGAAGACAGACACAAUUAGAAGAACAACAUCAAAAAGAACUUAAAAGGCAGGAACGAGCAAGAAAGGCUGAAGAAAGAAGACGCGAAGAAGAUGAAAGAAAACAGCAAAGGGAACGUGAAAAGGCUGAAAAAGCGCGACAAAGAGAGGAAGCAAAACAAGCAAAGGAAAGAGAGAAGAAAGAAAGGGCAUCAAGAUCUAAUUCUGUAAGUGAGUCACAGAGCGGGGGACGAAAAAAGAAAAAAUUAAAUGAAGAAGAAACAAUCGAAGAGGAGACAAUUGUGAUUUCUGAUGGGGAACUUCCUCAUAAACCUAAUCAAGUGACACUGGUUUCACCAUCAUCACCAACUUCGACAACAAAGUUAUUAACUAACGUCGAACAAAAUCGUGAAGAACAUGAACAACGUAGUCAAGAAAACUUAUCACCGACGAAUGGACCAAAUCCCGAAGUUACAUCUGAAACCACUAUUCACACACCAGCUUCCAUACCAUCAGAGCAGCCAUCGAAUCAUAAUGAAAAUUAUGAGGAAAUCCCUGCACGUGAAAUGUCUCCAAAGGAUCGAAGGUUGUUUUACUGUAAUUGUAAUGCAGUUUUAAGUCAAGCAAAUCAAGUUGAAAAAAAUCCGGAAUUACGACAAAUUAUUAUUAACUUUUUGGGUGGGGUUCAUGAACUCAAAGAACUUAUGGAUGUUUCAUCGGGAGUUAGUUCACCUGAUGAUGCACUUCGACAUAUCGUACUUCAUGAACAAACUGUCAGAUCUCCGGAAGGGAAAGCAAUCAAAGAAACUUUUCUAUUUGAAAUGAAUAUUAAUGAUGGUAAAUGGAGAAAACUCAAAAGAAGAAAGACCAGAGGUUAUAAAGAAAAGAAGAAUCAAGAGACGGAGGAAGGAGAGAAUCCGGAAGAGUUUGAAGGGGAGAAUAAUGAAAAUGGGGAAGAAAAUAAUCGCGAAUUGGAGGAAUAA